AUGCCCGAGCCGUUCUCGAUUGUGGACGCGUUCCACAGCGCCUUGCGCGACGACGAAGAUCUCCCGCAGCCCAUUGCGGCGAUCUUUGCGCUGUCCGAGAUGAUUGCCUCGUCGAACGCCGCGACUACGUCCGAGCUUAUGGAGAGUAUCAAGACCGCUUCCGAAGAACUCAAGCAGAGCCUCUCAAAUCCGAUUCCUGCGUCGGCAGGCCUCGAGCUGUUCAUGCGUUUUGUCACGACAAAGAACUGGGCUGGCGGCGACUUUCAAGCUCACAAGCACAGUCUCAUUACGACCGCGCUCGAGUUUGCACACAAUACGGUGCCGAGCUGCCGCGAGCGCAUCACGACGCUCCUUCUCCCGUUCAUCAAGGACGAUACGGUCAUCCUCACGCACGGAUACUCACGCGUGGUGAUGCAGGUGCUCCUCGCCGCCGCCAAGACGCAAAAGAAGCGCAUCAGCGUCUAUGUCUCGGAGAGCCGUCCGUCGGGGCAGGGGCUGCGUACUUACAACCGCCUCAUGGCCGAGGGUAUCCCAUGCACCGUCGUGCUCGAUUCGGCCGUUGCCUACAUUGUGCACAAGGCCGACAUGUGCCUGAUCGGCGCGGAAGGCGUCGUGGAGUCGGGCGGCCUCUUUAACGCAGUCGGCUCUUACCAGAUGGGCAUCGUUGCCAAGGCGGCGCACAAGCCGGUCUUUGCGGUGGCCGAGAGCUUCAAGUUCCUCCGCAUGUUUCCCCUCUCCCAGUACGACCUGCCGAACGCGUCGAAAGUGCUGCCGUUCCCCAGCGCCGGCGAGGCGGAGAACGUCGACGGGGCGACGCACAUGACGCCGGCGAUGGAGGCACUUAAUCCCUUGAUCGACUAUACCCUCCCCGAGCUCGUCACGUUCAUCGUGAGCGACAUUGGCAUUCUGACGCCGUCGGGUGUCUCGGAUGCGCUCUUGGCUGUGUACGGUGGCGACUAA